UAUCCCCUCUCCCUUGCCCUCCCUCCUCUCCUCCGCUCUCAUCUCUUCUCUCCACAGCAGCGCGUCUCUCACCGAUCCUUGGAUGCCGUGUGACCAGCAGCACUAAGCGGAGAAACCGCCCAGCAAACCGCCGUCCAGCACAGCAAAAAUCAAACCCAAACGAUGACCUUCUUACAGAUACGACAGAAGAAAACAAUUAUUUGACAACUUCCGACACCACAGUUUGCCUUCGCCCCUCCUUGCUGUAACGCCCCGCUCCAACUUUAAGGCCCUCCUCCCCAGCCUAUCGGUCCCCCAGUCCAGCAGGACCAUGAUGCUUAGUAGUUCUGUGGAGGUGCCCAGCCCGGGUGGGUUGAGCGGCCUUAGCGGUCUGAGCACAGCAGCACGGAAUGUGGUGCGCUCCUCCAGCAUCUCCGGGGCCAUGUACAACCUGGAGAAGAGUCCCGGCAGCAGGGGCCCGGACUCCACAUCAUUGGCUGGCAACAAGAAGCGGCGCUCCAGUCUGGGUGCCAAGAUGGUGGCCAUUGUGGGGUUGUCCCAGUGGAGUAGGAGCACACAACAGCUCAACCAACAAGACGGCGGGACGAAGAAGCUUCGCAGCACCAUCCGGCGGAGCACAGAGACCGGCAUUGCCGUCGACAUGAGGAACCGAGUGACACGGCAAGGCAGCAAGGACUCAACCGACGGCAGCACCAACUCAAACAGCUCUGAUGGAACCUUUGUCUUCCCUACCACACGCCUGGGGCCUGAGAGCCAGUUCAGUGACUUCCUGGAUGGACUAGGCCCCGCUCAGAUCGUAGGCCGGCAAACGCUAGCUACACCUCCCAUGGGGGAUGUCCAUGUAGGCAUGGUAGACAGAGGAGGACAGCUGGAGGUGGAGGUCAACCAGGCCAGAAGGUUGACCCCCAAACCGGGCUCCAAGAACACACCAGCGACCUACGUGAAGGUGUAUGUGCUGGAGAAUGGCGUUUGCUUGGCCAAGAAGAAAACCAAAGUAGUGAAGAAGAACCUGGACCCCACCUACCAGCAGGCUCUGUUGUUUGAUGAGAGUCCUCAAGGCAAAGUCCUACAGGUAAUAGUGUGGGGGGAUUACGGGCGUAUGGACCACAAGUGCUUCAUGGGAAUGGCCCAGAUCCUUCUCGAGGACUUGGACCUGUCUGCCACAGUCAGCGGCUGGUACAAGCUGUUCCCUACCUCCUCUCUGGCAGAUCCCAGCCUUGGACCCCUCACCAGACGCCUCUCCCAGUCCUCCCUGGAGAGCGCCACUAGCCCCUCGUGCACCUAAACACCCAGUAGACACCCACAUACGCAGGCAGAGUCAGACGCAGACACACCUUCUGUAUAUACACAACGACUGUAUUCAAACUGCAACACAGGUAGGCACACACACACACACAAAACACACACACGUACCCAUCUGUGCAGGAAGACACAUUUGACGUACAGGUGCAAAUACCUGAUCUCAUCCACGUGAAGACACACACUGACACGCUGCCAUAUCCUCCCCUACGUCCAUAUUCUCACUCACUGAUCAGUAUUUCAGUUGAGAAAGCCAACUUCCAACUUGAGGUAGACUUACUUUACCAAAACAUGUAGCACUUUUAACCGUACCAUUUCAACACUUCCUACCAUGACACAGCAGAACUGCAUUUCAAGUUACCAGAUUUCCGUGGCACGACUCAUCCCACAACAUUCCGAUGCCAGUUUGUAAACUCUCUAUGCCAAACUAAGGGGGAAAAAAACUUUAUUUUUUAAAACCAAAGCAAUUGUUGUUAUUAUUACUAUAAGUAGUAGGUGAUCUAGUAUACAGUACAAAGUAUGGAUAUGUAGCAGAGUCACUGACUUAGAUGUGAUGCAAAAAAGAAGAUACAUUCUACACACACGAGCUGAGAACGGCAGGCCAAACACAUACCUGGG